AUGACCAUAGAUCUGCUUGAAAUUCAUAUACAAUUGGUCAAUGCUUGGGAUCAAAGUGCACCAUCGUUAGUUACAGUUUGGUGUUGGAUUCAUAACUUUAAAGAGGGUAGGGAGGAUCUCAAUGACAAUUCUCAAUCGGGAAGGCCUCGUGAGGCU